GUCAGUGGAAAUGGUGGAAAUUUAUUAGUAAACACAAGCAGUUGUAUGAGGUUAUAACUUGCACAAUAUUACUAAAUUGAUAAUUAAUUAUUUAUGUAUCUGAUUACAUAAUUAAACUAAAUAUUAAAAAUGGUUGUAUGUAAAUAUUAUCAACAAGGGACUUGUAGAUACGGACAAAGUUGUCGAUUUGAUCAUAUAAAUAAUUUUGGACGGCAAGGAAACGAAAAAUAUGGUGAAAAUAAAAGUAUUGUACUAGGAGUAGCUGAAGAAGUGCUAACUGCCGAACGAGGCGGACAAUGGCCGCUGUCUUGUUUCGGGCCGUUCAAGGAGCAACCAUCCAUCCCAGGGUUCGAAGACGUGUCACCAGAAGAAGUACGCUGGGAGAUGUAUCAAGCCCAGAAAAACAACACCGUCGAGCAAACAAAGCAGCAGUUCCAGCAGUUGUGCCAAGAUGCCAUUACCAGGCGCAACGUUCUCAAAAACCCGACCCGUGAAACCGCGGCCAUGCUUGAGAAGCUUCAAAAAGGAACCACUGACUCCAACAACAGUUUUUUGCGCAGCACUCUUUUUACUCCAUCUGCUAAUUCCUCUUCCAGCAUCUUCGGCGCUUCCCAAUCAAAUCCAUUUACCACUCGGAAUUUUACUCCCACCACAAAUUCACUCUUUGCUUCUUCUACUGCGACUUCAACGCCAUCUAUUUUUGGCGCAAAACCUUUCGGAAUGACCAAGCCCUCGCUGUUUGGCGGCGCAAAUACACAACAGACGACAUUUGCUGCUCAGCCUGGACAAAGUAUGUUUGGAGCAGCCCCCGCAGGCACCAAUACAGCUCCCAGUAUUUUUGGUGCAGCAAACACAGCAAAUGCAGCCAACGCUAAUACAUUUGGCAAUACAUUUACGUCAACUGCACCGACAAAUUUAUUUACAAGCAGCAGCGCUACCCCAGCUACAGGAAUAUUUUCAAAUACAUUAAAUACAAACAAUACAUUGGCCAGCAAUACAAUAUUUGGACAGACAAAAAAUACAGCAGCAUUUGGUGGUGCUCCUGUAUUCGGCAGUACCUCGACAUUUGGAAAUGCUGGGUUGUUUAAUAAGCCUAAUACGUCUGUAUUUAGUAAUAAUACAGGUGCUAAUACAUUUGGAACAAAUACAGGCGGUAAUACGACUAAUAGCGCAUUUGGAGGGAAUAUGGGUGCAAAUACAUUUGGAACAAAUACAGGUUCUAGUACAUUUGGAAAUAAUACAGCCCCUAAUGCAUUCGCAGCAAAUACAGGUUCUAAUACAUUUGCCAACAAUACUGGAUCUAAUACAUUUGCCAACAAUACUGGAUCUAAUACAUUUGCACCAAAUACAGGUGCCAAUGCAUUCGGAAAUGUACAAAAUACAUUUUUCAGUAGCUCGGGAAAUUCACCACCGACUACAAAUUUCAAUACACCAUUUUUACCGCCAUUUAAUACAGGUUCUAAUACAUUUGGAAUAAAUACAAGUGCUGGUGAUAGUGGUGUUGGCGGUAAUACAACCACUACUACAGCUAAUGCAGCAGCUAUAAGUAGUAAUCCUUUUGCACCGACUGGACAAACUUUUGCUAACAAUCCUUUUGGAACUGGAGCUGGAACUGGACCCGUUGGAACAUCAGCUAGUAUCGAUACCACCUGUUAUACACCGAUGGACGAACUAACAGAGGAAGAAAAAAAUAUCUACGCCGCGGAUAAGUUUUUGUUUAAAAAAAUACCUCUAAAGCCGCCUAGUAUUGAAAUAAGAUAAUUAUGUAAUUCUUUAUUCUUGCAAAUGUAAAUAUUUUGAAACUUUUAAUGAAUAUAACUAAGUUUAUUUAAUAAUAAUAAA